CCACCCGACGGACCGGUUUCGGGUCGGUGCUGACGAUGGAUCGAGAAACCGCGGAUCGGAUAAGAGCGGAGGCCAAGCGGUUCAUGGAGGACUACUGCCGGACGUUCGACGCGAACCGGGGGGACCUGGUGAACCUGUACCGGGAAGAGUCGGUGAUGAACUUUGAGGACCGGGAGAUGAUCAAGGGCAAGGAGGCCAUCGUCGCCAAGCUCAACUCCCUCCAGCAGUUCCGGUACCAAAUCAGCCACAUCGACUGCGUUCCCUUCGCCCCCACCCGCGGCGCGAUCGCCCAGGUCAUGGGCGACAUCUGGGUAGACGGCAAGCCGGACGCCCUCUUUCUCGGCCAGUCGUUCCUUUUGCACCCAACACCACAAGGAAGCUUUUGGAUAGCACUCGAAAAUUGGAUGACCGUCGAUCGGAGUCAGAGGGUGCUUCCCUAGGCUUUACAGAGGCCGGGAGUUUCAGUCCGUUUUUUCGUCUCUCUUUGUUUUUUC